AUGGCGACUCGCUGUUUACAGACAGACCGAGGCUGGGCUUGGCUGGUGCUGUUUGCUGCUGUGAUAAAUCAGAUCGUUGGUGUCGGGUUCUCUAUCGUGCUCAACGCCUACUACGUUCCGUGGCUUCAGUAUUUCGGCGAGGGACGCUUCAUGACAGCAUGGAUUAGCUCCGUCAAUAUCGGCAUCAUGUUCUUCGUAGGACCCUUGGCCACGGCUCUGACGAGUAGGUUUGGAGUGCAGAGAAGCCUCAUUGCCUCGAGCCUGCUCUCUGGGUCGUGUUACGUCAUCAGCAGCUACGCUCAAAACAUCACAACACUCAUCGUGCUGUGCGGCGCCGUGUCAGGGGCUGGCGUCGGUGUUGGCUAUAUGGCUGGAUACGGUAUAAUCGGGGAAUACUUCGAGAAAUGGCGUGGACUGGCGUACGGCAUCGCCGCGACUGGCGUCGGAAUAGCACCAAUGAUUCUCGCACCUCUUCAGCAAUACCUCAUCGACUCGUACACGUGGAGAGGAGCUCUGAUCAUCAGUGCCGGCGUAGUGCUGAACGGCUGCGUGGUUGGAGCCAUCAUGAGGGACCCGCCGGUGCACCACACCCACCUGCCUGCGCACGAACAACGGCCGCCAUGCUGGGACAGCCGCCUCAUAAAGGACGCUCCCUUUCUUCUCCUGUGCGUCUCGAACACGCUCUGCGGCCUGGGGCUGAGCCCCGGAGUCGUGCUGUUCUACGACCACCUGGAGAAUCAGGGUUUAACCCAGGACGCCGCCUCGUGGGCGUUCAUGAUCUGGGGAAUUCUGAACGUCUGCGGACGCCUGGCGGCCGCCUUCAUCAUUCAGACGCAGCUGCUGCAGUUCAGCGGCGUACACGUCUACUACGUGUCGCAGACGCUCACAGGAAUCUUCUCGGCGUUGCUGGGCAUACCUGGCCAGUCGUACCUCUACUACAACACGAUGGCGGGCUUCUACGCCUGCUGCUAUGGAAUGCUGAUGGCCGCCUGGCCGAUGACGUGUGUGGAAAUGUUCGGACAGAAUCGACUCAUGACUGCGAUGGGCUGGUUUCAGGAAAGCGCCGGCGUAGGAUAUAUCGUCGGCGCUCCUUUAGGAGGUUACAUCGCAGACGCAUUCGGCUCUACUGCCCUUGCAUACUACGGCGGAGGCUUGUGUCUUGCCGUCGGCGGACUCGUCGUAGUUCCGCUGCCAUAUCUGCGCAGUCACGGCGUCAAGGUCGAAGCAGCGCCAAAUCAUCUCGCUAAUGAUUACAGCAAGAUAGCUCCAGGAACAGUCCGUGGCAUGCUGAGCUCUGAUGCCGCCAUGCCAGAGGUGUGA